UUUUAUCAGUCACGGUCGGGGGUAGGGUCAUAGUCGCGGCUCCGGUUUUGAGGUUAGGGUUAGGUUAGUGACUCGUUGACAGUGAACGCGGGUGGUGAAUUAUCGCGUUGCGUAAGAGAAUCGCGACACAUUUGGCGAACUCGAAUAAAGCGUCGAACGAUAAUUCGUCGCGAGUUGCGCGAACCGAGAUGUACCAAUCGGAAGUAAACAGCGAGUCGUGCGCGAUUUCCUGUUAACGGAUAUAUCUGUUUAUAUCCCGCGCAUACACGAUCGGAGGCGCGAGAUCGCGGGUGGCAUCCGAGCGCGUCCAAAAAUAGAACGGCGGCGGCGCCUACCGCGUCGACGAACGAAUUCCGUUCGCGCGGAGGAGAAAGAAAGAAAGAGAGAGGAAUAUCGUUCUCCGGAAUUCCGACGACGAAGAUCCGCGCCGAUGACACGAGGAUGGAACGCGUGCCGCGAUAGUCCCUCCGUACGUCGCCGAGCACGUCCGACCGGAAUGUUCCUCGCGACCGAGGGAUCUGUCGUCGACCCGAGUCCCGCGUGCCGUUGACACGCGCUCGAUCGAAUGUCCGACUCCCGGUUCUCGUCCAGAGGCAAUCGGGUCAAUUGCUACUUGCAGCUGUGAGGAUUUCGGAGCGAGUUUUUGUGACAUAAUACUCGCGACGAUGCCGUGCGUGCGGCACGCGUCGUCGCGUGUCGGCGCGAGAUAGAAGCGCGUCGACGGCGGCCGCGAGAGCAUCGAUCUCUCCGCGCGGGCGCGAAUUAAGAUUCGGCACGCGGCGGGCGAUCGGGCGCGAAUGUGACGAGGCGAGCGACGACGGAUGGCACCGAUCGGCGGGAAGAAUACCGAUGACGACGGCCGAGCCCGAGCAUCCCCAGUGAGAAGAUGUCGCAGACCGCGGAUGCCGAAAGCGAGACGGGCUCCAUUUGCGACGAGGAACGCGUCCGGAAGCUAUUCCAGGCCUGCGACGGCGACGGCGACGGAUACAUCGACAGCCAGGACCUAUUGACGGUAUGCCGGGAAUUGAACCUCGAGAAUUCGGUGGAGGAAUUGAUGAGGGAACUGGGCGCGGACGAGCAAGGUCGCAUUUCCUAUCAGGAGUUCCUCAGGCGACGUCUGGCCCUAAGACCGGAAAUCGAGGCGCUCAGAACCGGCAAACGGCGAAGCAGUCCGCAUCAUACACCGGAAUACUUGCCCACCAGCAGCGACAACAGUCUCGGAACCGUGUCGGGACGACAUGAGAGUUGGGAAUUCGACAGUGGUGCACGUGAUUUGUCGCCGGAACCUCAUAGCCUUCAGAAGCUGGUGGAGGCAGCCGCCGGCGGAACCGGAAAUAUGCUGGACCUGGCGAAUAAGCUGCACGCGGCCGCGCUCUCCUCCCUGCGGUCCGAGGUGGCCGAAUUGAACUCGCGCCUGGUGGCGGCUACUCGCGCGCGAGAGGCGGCCGAGGCCGCCCUGAUGCGGGCGGAGAUCCAGGCGGGCCGCGCCGACCAGCGAGCGGAGCAACAAGCGGCACGGCACGAGGAGCGGCUCACCGAGCUGCAUUCCGUCAUCGCCGAGCUCGGCAGGCAGCUGGAGCGGCAUCGCGCCACCGUCAUCGCCGAGGAGGACGAGUCCGAAGUCGAGACGAGCAGGGAUGCUGAAGGUUCCAUCACCAAUCCAGUAGAGGAAAGUGAGGGCGGUGGAGACAUUCAGGGAGACGGUGAUCGAACCUUGGGAGAUGCUGAUUCCAGUUGCUGCGAGGAUGAGAAUCGACUGGUCGAGAAUGGCAGAGAACAGCUGGAUAGUCCGGCCGCAUUGCCGACUCCAGAGCCGACGCAGCAAGAAGCGUCGUGUCAGAGCGACGUCGUCACAACGCUCCAAGAGGAGAUCACGGCGUUACGAGCGGAGAUUACGAGCUUGCAAGCGCAAUUGACUCACUGCAAGAACCAGAAUAAUCAGACCGGUAAUCAGAGGCAGACAACGGGUAGCGAUUCACCUCGUCGAGAACUCAGGACAAGAGGUAAUACCAGCUCGCCGGAACCUUUGACGGCGCCGUGCUCGCCGCUCUUACCACCACUACAGACACCUCCGACGAAGAAUGUAACGAGGGAGGAGCCGCCGGUUCUCAAAAUGGCAGAGAGGGUGAGAUUGCGAAGGACGGACGAGAGGCACAUUACCGGUCCGGACAUCACUAAUCUUGGAGUAUGCUCCACCAUGGUCGCCGAGCAUCUCGUGUCGGAUCUCCUGGAGCAGUCAAAUCUGCAGGAACUGAACGGCUCCGAGAAGCAGUUCGAGGUUGAGACGGAGCGAUUGAACAGUAGACUAGAGCACGCGCGAGCGAACAACGCGGUUCUCGCUCUCACGUUGCACGAGAGCAAGGCGCAAUGCGACAGGUUGAGCCUAUUGGUCGGCAAGUAUGAAUCGAACGCGACGGCGUUGCGGCUCGCACUUUCGUACAGCGAUCGCGCUAUCGAGGCCUACGACGUUCUCGUUGCUCUACUGGAAAGCGAAAUCGGACUCUCCACCGAGAGGAGCAGCGUGACGAUCGAUAACCGAAGGGCGGCCGAGAACGUUGCUUAUCAUGUCUUAAAUAGAAUCGAGAACGACUGUACUAAUACAUUAGGUGCCCCGUGGGAAGAUAGCAUGGUCUUAUCGGACGAAUCGGAAGUAAUGUGGAACGUGGACGACGAGCAACGACUCAGGAGACACAUUAGCAGAUUGAAGGGAGAACGUACGAUGGUGAGAUCGACAGCGGUUGAAUUAGAAAGCGUGCACGCGGAACCCCUGAAUUCGAAGAACACCAUCUCUCUGGCGGAAGCUAGGAAACUUGACUUGGAAACUGCUGUACUCAUGCAGGAACUGAUGGCCAUGCGAGAAGACAAGGCCGAACUGCGCGCCAGAGUGUUCCUUCUGGAGAAGGAACGCGCUACCAUAGAAUUGAAGUUGAACGCACGUGACACGCAGAUCGCGGCUCAACACGCCACCAUACAGCAUCUCCAGGGUCAACUGAGCGACGCGGAAGCUAUGCUCGCGAUGGCGACGAACAAGGACCGCGGUUUGAGCGACAAUGAGAGCGAGGGAAUGGAGUCUGAGCUAAUCGAAGCGUUAGGCAGAGAGGCGAGGCUGAAGGAACGUCUACAGGAAUUGAUCUCGACCUUGGACGAAGUCAACAAGAAUUCCGAACUUAGGCAUCAGCAAUCCGCCGAAUUGGUCAACGACUUGAAAAGAGCUAACGGCGCAUUAGUUCAAACUCUGGACAAGUCCAAGAAGAAAUAUCAAUCUAGACUGAAGAAGCUGGAGCAACAGAUGCUGGGAAUGGUAGAGAGGCAUGCUGCGCAGGUGAAAACCUUGAAGCAACGAAUAACUUUAUUAGAGGAGGAAUCGAUGGGCUACAAAGGAAGCAUAGCACUGCAGUCUCAAAGCUCCGGUGCCAGCGAGACAUCAUUAUGACAGUCGAGUGACUGAAUGACGGAAAACCCGGCACGAUAUACAAGCUUGAUGAUCCAACAGUUACUCUUAACGUCUCUCUUGUCAUCGCGAGAAGAUGAGACUUGUUAAACGAAGAUUAAACUCACGUAUUUUUUUAUACCGAAUAAUCGGCCGAAAGUAAAAAUGCUUAGCCAUUCGCUUUGUAAUUAUUACGAGAUAUAUAUAUAUAUAUAUCCCCUAAUGAGAAUUUAAAAAACUCAGCUAGGCCUACGCAAUGUGUGCAAUUUGUCGAUACACGAACGCAAGUAGCCUAUUAAUACGGAGCAUUCAGCACGAAUUAUAAAUAAUUGUUAAUUAGUAAAGUGUAUCGAUUGCAACAGUGAUAAUCGUGUACAUAUGUAUAUUGUAAAACCGUAAAUCAAGUGUGAUACGUGUAAACAACAAUGUAAUAAAUUGUGCUUUAUUAUCGAA